AUGGACAUGGAUGCUAAUGAGAUGGAAACUGAGAGCGUCGACAAAGCCUCUGCUUCUCCUUUACCAUUAGCAAGAAGUUAUCAAGUAGAGGCACUUGAGAUAGCUAUGAAACAGAACACAAUUGUCUACUUGGAAACUGGUUCUGGCAAGACCUUGAUUGCCAUUAUGCUUCUUCGUAAUUACGCCGACCUUUUCCGCAAGCCUUCACCAUGCUUCACCGUCUUCUUGGUUCCUCGAGUCGUUCUUGUCAGUCAACAAGCAGAAGCCCUCAAGAUGCAUACUGAUCUAAAAGUGGGCAUGUAUUGGGGAGCAAUGGGGGUUGACUAUUGGGAUUCUUCGACAUGGAAACAACAAGUCGAUAAAUAUGAGGUUCUUGUGAUGACACCUGACAUAUUGCUCCGCGCGUUAAGUCAUAGUUUUCUGACGUUGAACAUGAUCAAGGUUCUUAUAUUUGAUGAGUGUCAUCAUGCUAGAGGAAAGCACGCCUAUGCUCGUAUCAUGAAGGUGAGCAUAAAAAGAUCCUCACAGUUGGAGAACUCAGAACUGAUUGAAAGCUCACUGAAACACAGGAAAUCUUUAUAUAAAAAGUGA